AUGGAAAACGCAUGAAGAAGGCCUUUCAAGGUCUUAUAAAAAUAUUAUUUAGAGUGGCAUCAAGAAUCUGUAAUCAGUAUCUGCCCACAGUUGCGACCUUCUUCUGUUCAAUAAAAACCUCUUCACUCUCACCAAGAGCCACCACCACAGCAAUGUCUAUCCUUCUCCCUGCCAAUUUACAACAAUGCCCUUCUCCCUCCCUCUCGCCGUCAACCCCACUCUUCUCCCCGUGUCCUUCCACCGCUUUCUCCUUCGGCAGAACUCGCCUGAGAUGCCUCAGAUUGGUUACUUCCUGCGUCGCCUCCGUUCAAAGCACCGUCGCUAAUGGUUCUGCUCCAGCUCCCGCUGUUGUCGUGGAGCGAGAGCAGAUUCGUCUUGGUCUUCCUAGCAAAGGACGCAUGGCUGCCGACUCCAUCGAUCUUCUCAAGGACUGCCAACUAUUUGUAAAACAAGUCAAUCCUAGGCAAUACGUUGCACAAAUUCCCCAGUUACCAAACACUGAAGUCUGGUUUCAACGUCCAAAAGACAUUGUCAGGAAGUUACUCUCAGGAGAUCUGGAUCUAGGUACCGUUGGUCUUGACACACUUAGUGAAUAUGGUCAGGAAAAUGAAGAUCUUAUCAUUGUCCAUGAAGCUCUCAACUUUGGAGACUGUCAUCUGUCCAUUGCGAUACCCAACUAUGGGAUUUAUGAGAACAUAAAUUCUCUCAAGGAGUUAGCAGAGAUGCCACAGUGGAGUGAGGAGAGACCAUUGCGUGUUGCUACUGGCUUCACUUAUCUCGGCCCCAAAUUUAUGGAAGAAAACGGCAUAAAGCAUGUAACGUUUUCAACUGCAGACGGAGCCCUGGAGGCAACUCCGGCGAUGGGGAUAGCUGAUUGCAUUUUGGACCUUGUGAGUAGUGGGACGACACUCAAAGAGAACAACUUAAAAGAGAUUGAAGGAGGGGUUGUGCUGGAAAGUCAGGCGGCACUUGUGGCAAGCAGAAGAGCAUUGACCGAGAGAAAAGGAGCAUUAAACACAGUACACGAGAUUCUCGAGAGAUUGGAGGCCCAUCUUAAAGCUGAUGGCCAGUUCACUGUUGUUGCAAACAUGAGAGGAAAUAGUGCUCAAGAAGUGGCUGAGCGUGUGUUGAGUCAACCAUCACUGUCAGGAUUGCAGGGACCAACAAUAAGCCCAGUUUACUGUAAACAAGAUGGAAAAGUAUCGAUUGACUACUAUGCCAUAGUGAUUUGUGUGCCCAAAAAGGCAUUAUACGAGUCUGUGAAGCAACUAAGAGCGGUUAGAAAUCCCUGCAAUUUCUUGCUUACUAAUCUCAGUUCGACCCCGAACCUUUAAAAUGGUGGGUGGCAGUGGGGUAUUAAUUUCACCUCUUACCUACAUCUUUGAUGAGGAGACUCCAAGAUGGGGUCAACUCCUGAGAAAACUCAAGAUUUAGAUGUUUUGAUGAUGAACACCUUCUACGAAAACCCUUUGGUGUAAAUCUCUGGGUUGGUACCUUCGUGUCAACUAUAUAUAGUUCUGUUUCUUCUCUCUAUUGCUGUUGUAAUUUCUACCUUGCUUUUCUGUAUGGAUCAUGUGGUGAAUCUGCUGGAACAAUAAUAAAAGAAAUAAAAGAUUGUUUAUGUUUUAA